UUCGCCUUUGAGCUAAUCACAUGACUUGUUUCCUGCCAAAGCAGUAAAUAUCAGGCGAGCUAACAGGCACAGGCUAUCUGGCUACUCCCUGUAUUAGCAGAAUAGACAAUGUUUUAUCAGUCGUUAUUUAAUUUAGCCAGUUAACAGCGUCUGUUGGGUGUGUGUACGUCUUAUAAGCGAUGAACCGACAGCUUGUGUUAUAUUGAGGCUCGUCCACUUAAUCAAAUCUGUGGUGACUUAGCUUAGCUAGCUUCACAGGUUAGCUUAGCUAGCUUCACAGGUUAGCUUAACGCUAGCAAGCUGAGUUAGCCUCUAAAGGAGGCUUCGUUGCUUGUGACAAUGCAAGGGGAAACCACGGCUAUACGAAUCACGGAAAACGAAGGCAAGCUGGAUGUAUUGCCCCAGAACAGGACCCCAAGCUCGGGCAGAGCAAGUGCCAAAAGCUGGCAGUAUAGUGACCACAUGGAGAAUAUUGAUGGCUACUUGAUGAAAUACACCAACCUUGUAACAGGGUGGCAAUACAGGUUCUUUGUCUUAAACAAUGAGGCGGGCUUUCUGGAGUACUUUGUCAAUGAGCAGUCCCGGCCCCAGAAGCCCCGUGGCAUGCUCGCCCUGGCAGGGGCCGUCAUCUCCCCCAGCGACGAGGACUCGCAUACCUUCACUGUCAACGCCAUCAGCGGGGAGCAGUACAAGCUCAGGGCCACCGAUGCCAAAGAGAGACAGCACUGGGUGAGCCGACUGCAGAUCUGCACACAGCACCACACAGAGGCCAUGGGGAAGAGUAAUCCCCCACCUAAGUCCCGGAGCUACUCGAUGGCGUCUCAAGGCAGCGGCAGCUCACCCAUGUCCAUGCGCCGGCCCAGCCAAAACCCUGCCUCCUUAUUCAGCUGGUCGCAGGUCAACAAGGGCUCGUCGCUCUACUCCAGCAAGAGGUCCCUGCUGCCAGACCACCUGAUGGACGCCAGAGAGAUGAUGACGCAGGCCCAGGGCCAACACAGAGACCUGAUCCAGAGCAUCGAGGGUCUGCCUGCAACCCCAGGCUUCUCCCCUCUGGACCAGGAUCUGCUGAUGCUCAAGGCCACUUCCAUGGCCACCAUGAACUGCCUCAAUGAGUGCCUGCACAUCCUGCACCUGCAGCAGGUGGCCAGGCUAAGAGGCUCCCUGGGAGGACCCACCAUCGAGUGGUUGGAGCCCAAGCUGCCCGACCUCUUGAAGAACGGCAGCAGCUCCCUGGGCAGCUUCACGACAGGGGAGGGGCCGCUGGACGGGAGCCCCCUGGAGCUCAGCAGCCCCGAGUCCUGCAGCUUCUCUGGGGAACAGGAAGACAUCGAUGCGGAGGACGAGGCGGAGGACUCCUUUACCGACAAGGAGGAGGACCUGGGUGCUGUGGAGGAGGAGCGCAGCGUCAUCCUGCACCUGCUGUCCCAGCUCAAGCUGGGCAUGGACCUCACGCGGGUGGUCCUCCCUACCUUCAUCCUAGAGAAGCGUUCCCUGCUUGAGAUGUACGCUGACUUCAUGUCACACCCGGACCUCUUUGUGGCCAUCACCGACGGCAGCAGCCCGGAGGACCGCAUGGUCCGGUUUGUGGAGUACUACCUCACCUCCUUCCACGAGGGACGCAAGGGGGCCAUCGCCAAGAAGCCCUACAACCCCAUCAUCGGUGAGACCUUCCACUGCUCCUGGAAGGUUCCCAAGGAGCCCUCGCAGGGAACCCCCGACCCCGCCGCCUCCCCGGACCCCUACCAAGUGCGCUUUGUGGCGGAGCAGGUGUCCCACCACCCCCCCGUGUCUGGCUUCUAUGCUGAAUGCCAGGAGAGACGCAUGUGUGUGAACACGCAUGUAUGGACCAAGAGCAAGUUCAUGGGAAUGUCCAUUGGCGUAUCCAUGAUAGGGGAAGGUUGUCUGUAUUUGCUGGAGCACGAUGAAGAGUACACGUUCACGCUGCCUUGUGCAUAUGCACGCUCCAUCCUCACCGUUCCCUGGGUGGAGCUGGGCGGCAAAGUCAACAUCAGCUGCGCUAAGUCGGGCUACUCGGCGGUCAUCACUUUCCAGACGAAACCAUUUUACGGUGGCAAAUUGCACAAGGUGACGGGGGAGGUGAAGCACAACGCCACCAAUGCGGUGGUGUGUCGGGUGCAGGGCGAGUGGAACGGUGUUCUGGAGUUCGGCUACACCAGCGGAGAGACGAGGGUGGUCGACGUCACCAAGCUGCCCGUCACGAAGAAAAGCGUUCGGCCGACUGAGAAGCAGGGACCAACUGAAUCCAGGCGCCUGUGGCAGCACGUGACGGAGGCCUUGCGGCAGAAGGACAUCGAGAAGGCCACCGAGCACAAGAGGAUUCUUGAGGAGAGGCAGAGGACGGAGGAGAGGCACCGGGCUGAGACUGAAACCGCUUGGAGGACCAGAUACUUUGACAGAGAGGGGGAAGGCUGGGUCUAUCACAAACCACUUUGGAAAAACUCUGCACUCAAAUCCUAGUUUCUUCAGGCUGCAUCGUGGAUGUUGAUCUUAUAGAUUUGUGUGUGUGUGUGUGCGUGCGCGUGUGUGUCUGUGUGAGCACACACGUGGUUAUGAAAGGAGAGCAUGGCCUGCACUGACGUACAGAUGAAUGCAACAUGGGGAGACAGUAAGACAGCGUGUCUGAAGGUGUUCUGGAAUCUCGCUCAUGAUUUUCACGAAGCCUCGACGGUACAGGCUUCAGUAUUUCAGAUCAUCUGGUUUUUUUUUAUAAUCUAAUGUCAAUGAAAACAUUCUUGUACAGAUAAAGGUUCUCUAUUUACACAGCCUUAAUAUAGUCUAAUGGACGUUUGGGUUCUGCUGAUCAUCCUGGUUCUCUUGUCUCUUUCAUUUGUCAAGCGUUGGUACCACAGGGAGGUCCAGUGGAAUACUGCCUGAUAAAUGUAAUGCUGUGAAGGGUUGUACAUUGGAUUUAGUGUUCUGGAAUGUAAAGUAUGUGAGCUUCAUCCAUUUUAAAGCGCCUGAAAACGUCAAAAUCAAAGUAUUUCUCUAUAACAUCGAACAUUCAUGACAAAAUAAGCAGGCAAAGUAAAAGAAACUGCACUUUUAGGUACUAUUUGAGUCAAAACCCAGUCUUCCAGUCGUUAUGCUAAGCUACCUGCCAACUGGCUGCAGCUGCACGGUCACUGAGCGUAAUUCCCCCAAAUCUCCUCUAACGAGCUACUCCAGCAAUUUAGUAAUGCGCGGGUAUAAAGAUGGUGGAUUCACAAGGUGCACUGUUAAACGCCACACUCCCAGUUCGUACGGCAGGCGUUCGUCUCAAAGCCCGAGCGGAGAUCACCCCGAUGACAUCACCAGAUUAGGUACUCCCUGCGAUGUACAUUUGGUGGAAUUACCCUUUAGGUAACGCUGACCUUGAUUAUGAUUCAAUGUGUCCACACUACAGCUUCAAUUUUGCUUUAAUUUGGUUGAUAUCGGGUCAAGUGUGUGCAUUUAGAUACUUAUUGAUAUGAAUCCAUGCAGUUUAAAUUCUAGUGUUUAAACGUUGGACGCCGUGUUGACACUGCUGGAACGGCACGUCGUAGACUAGCUGACAAAUAUCCACAUUUUAAGUAAUAAUUGAGUCACUUGUGAUCAUCCCCCCCCCCCCCCCCCCAUCCACGAUUCACAUCUGUCUCCUUUUUGUUUUUAGUCCUGGGGUUUUGCAGAGCGUGGAGAAUCCCUACAUGCAUGAUGGCAAAGUCUCUGUUCAUAUUGAUGCAGCAAGUAUACUACUUACUUUUGUAAAUGUCUGUUGUAAAAGCUUUUAACCAAAUUUGCUUGUUUUUGUAAUGCAAAUAAAUAUUAUUUUCUUUGAAUGCGUAA